CUGAGAGAAAAAGUUAACAAUUGAACAGUAGUAGGAUCGAUUGCUCCCGAAAGAACCUUAAGCUUAAAAUCAGAAAUUCAUAUGCAUUUAACUGUAUCGGAUUUUAAUCACAAAAGCACAUACAUACAGGAACAAGACGCUAUUUUCACUAAUAGUAGUAGGCAUACCGCUACCAGUUCGCUGUGCCAACACAUUCCUUGAGACUGCUGUAUAUAGGAUAGAUAAUUGCUCCUUCACAGUUGAAGUUCUUUUUUAAAGCGAAAUCAAACUGAAAAAAUUUUAUUUCGUAGGUUCACGUUGAAUCAAACCAUGCUGACCUUGUAUCUUUUGAUAUGUCUAUGUAUAUGCACGUGUACGGUAGGAUUCGAACUGACAAUUUUGCAUACAAAUGACUGUCACGCUCAUAUCGAAGAAUUCAACAAAUAUGGAGGAAUAUGUUCAGACUCGGAUAAAGAGGCGAAUAAAUGCUUCGGGGGUGUGGCCAGAAGAGCCACAGCCGUUGCGGAGAUACGUGAUCGUCAUGACAACGUGUUGCUGCUUGACGCGGGUGAUCAGUUCCAGGGUACUGUGUGGUUUUACGCCUUCGAGGGUCUUGCAACAGCACAGUUCAUGAAUGAUAUGCAAUAUGAUGCAAUGGCUUUAGGGAAUCACGAAUUUGACAACCACCUUGAAGGUUUGAUCCCAUUCAUCAAUAACGUCACAUUCCCUAUCCUCGCUGCUAACAUAGACGCCUCUGAUGAACCGACAUUCCAAGGUCUCGUGAAGAAGUCCACAGUCUUGACGGUGGCUGGAGAAAAGAUAGGAGUAGUAGGGUAUCUGACAUCUGAGAUGCCUGCACUGUCUCAAAGAUUUGGAAAGCUGAAAUUCUUGGAUGAAGUGUCGACAAUUCAGGCAGAGGUGGACAGAUUGACAGCUCAGGGAAUCAACAAGAUUAUAGCACUCGGUCAUUCUGGAUAUAAAACAGACAAGGAGAUAGCCAAGCAGGUUACCGGUGUCGAUUUGGUAAUUGGAGGGCACACGAAUAAUUUCCUAUAUAAUGGUCCUUUAUUGACUGAGGGUCCUGAAAAAAUAGAAGACACUUAUCCCGUAGUUGUAACUCAGGACUCGGGAUCACAGGCCUUAGUAGUCCAGGACUAUUAUUACGGGAAAUAUCUGGGAUAUUUAAACCUGGUGUUUGAUGACAACGGAGUUGUGACAUCAUACAAUGGGAACCCCAUUCUCCUUAAUGGGUCAAUAGCAAGGGACCCUCAGAUGCAAGAAGAGAUGCUUGGAUAUUUAAACAAUCUAGCUUCUCUGAGGAACGACACAAUUACAUACUCGAACGUCUUCUUAAAUGGAGAGAAACCAACAUGCAGGUAUCAUGAAUGUAACCUUGGUAACCUCAUAGCGGAUGCUUAUCUAGAUUAUUUCAUCUCGAAGCAAACGUCCUCGGAAACCAGUUGGAAUGGAAACGAUGUUGCUCUGUGUAUACACAAUGCAGGAGGAAUACGCUCUUCUAUAGCUGCUGGAGAUGUAACAAUGGAGCAUAUACUCACCGUGAUGCCAUUCCAGAACCUUAUAGACAUGGUGGCCCUCACCGGGGACAUAUUGCGUCAAACCUUCGAGCAUUCCGCUAGCCGCCUUACCGAGAGUAGUGGUACUGGUAGAUUUCUACAACUCUCAGGUUUUCACGUCGUGUAUGAUAUCACUAAGCCUAUUGGAAGCCGCGUAGAGAAACUGGAGGUUCUUUGUUCAGAUUGCCUGGAUCCCGUCCUUUUACCCAUAGAUCCAGUUAAAGUGUACAACGUCAUCAUGCCGUCGUACAUUGCCAAUGGGGGCGAUGGAUACUUCAUUAUACGAGAUAACAAGCUAGAUCAUCGGAAUUUAGGGUUACUAGACACCGACGUUUUCCUGCAGUAUCUAAAGAAAACAAACAACCUCUACCCGUCAACCCAGAAACGUAUCAUAACAAGAGACGCCUCUGACGUCACAACAGACUUUCCACAAUCACAUAUGACGUCACAAUUACCUUGUGUCAAUGACGCUUCGUCAAUUAAUCGCGUUUCACUUAUGUGCCUACUAACAAUAGUGAUGUAUUUUACUUGAUGAUUGUGUAUACUAUCUGUCACGCCUAACCAUCGACAAGGUACAGUGACAAAAU